AUGAAGGAAGUGCUUGCGACUGAUAUGGCGAAGAGCAACGGAGACUCGCUGGCUACACAGCAAUGUAAUUUACUGGCUCCAGAAUAUGAGUAUCUGGACCCAAAUCCAGACUUGCAUUCGCUCUUCCAAGAGUACAAUUGCUUGUUCUUCGAAGGUCGUUUGGCGGGAUGCGAAGUAAAAUGGAGUAAGCGAAUGACACUCUGCGCUGGGUUGUGCAGCUUUCAGCGUCUGAGUGGAUUCUGCUCGAUUCGAUUAAGUGAACCAUUGCUAAAGCUUCGACCACGUAGUGAUAUGGUCAAUACUUUGCUGCACGAAAUGAUUCAUGCGUACGUUUUUGUGGGAACGUCUGUGCGUGACCAUGAGGACCACGGACCGCUAUUUCAAUCACAUAUGAAUCGGAUCAACGAAGCAGCAAAAACAAAAAUUACGGUCUUUCACACUUUUCACGACGAAGUGAAUUCGUAUCGACAGCACGUUUGGCAGUGCACUGGUCCAUGCCGGCGCACUCGACCGUACUUUGGCCUUGUCAAAAGGUCAAUGAACCGAUGUCCGGGGCCAAAAGAUCGUUGGUGGGCUGACCAUUUGCGCAGUUGUGGCGGAAACUACAUUAAAAUUAAGGAACCAAAAGAAUUUACAGCAAAACAAGCAAAAAAAAGAGAAAGAGAGCUUGCCCGUGAAGAAAAGUUGAAGAAGAAAAGAAGUUUACCGAGUGUAAAGCCGUUUUUUUCUGCAAUACAGGAAGGCAAGAUCCAUGGUGUUGGAGAUUCCGCUCAAGGUGAUUUUAAGACUUCGCGUGCUGAAAAAAAUGAUUUGUUUUCCAUUGAAUCGAAAAGUGGUAGCCGCAUGAAGCCGACGGAGAAACGUGACGAUAGAAAAAGCUUGAAAUGGCCAGUGCAUAAGGCUCCACCCUCUGUUCCCAAUAAAUUUUCUGCGCUUGGAUCCGAGAAUGUGAUUUAUAUAGUUGAAGACAUACAAGGGCUAUUUCAUGCCUCAGCUUUACAAUCAGGUCGUAAAAAGGAUGGGCUUAAAUUGCUUGGAGCUCAAAAUGAAGACGUUUAUAAAGUCUGUUCUGAAUCAAAUCAUCCUGCAACUGAAGAUCUGAUAUCUGAGGAUAGUGACAGCGAGCAGUUGAGAGAGGCAAUAAGGCUUUCUUUAGAAACAACAGAUGAGCGUUCACAUGUAGAGAAAAGGACGAAAGAAGUGGACAUUAUCGAAAUUGACUAG